AUGAGAUCCAGAGGCGACUUGUAUUUCAGGCAUGAGAUCGACCGUAACCCUUCAGCCUCGGAUGCUGGCACAAUCAAAGCAUGCGCAACCAUGGUCACGUGGCACGAGGACACAGAAGAUUCUGAAACAACAUUCUCGUUUACGUUGUCGGCGGAGGACGUCAUCGAACGCCAAGGACUUGCCAACAAAAUACAAGAACUAGAUGAGCUAUUCAUGGAAGCUGCUUUCCCUCAAGAAGAUAAUUUGCUUUUGUUGACCCAAGAAGCCUAUCAUUGUUUCAUUGAAUUGAUUUCCUCACGUGAUUAUAGCAGAGAUUGUGCUAUGUCUCUGUGGUUUACUUUUCGUGUUUGGCGUCCUCCUCCUCCUCUUCCUCCUUCAGUUGAUGAAUUUGAGGAGGAUGAUGAUGAUGAUGAUGAUGAUGAUGAGGCGACCAAUAGUAAUAUUCCAAUCAGGGCAGCAAGCAAGCUCGCGGUCAAGUCCUUAACCAAGAAAAUAUACAAUAAAGGUGACUCUCUCGCCAUUGACAGUUGCACUAUUUGUUUGGAAGAGUUUAAGAAUGGAGUCAAUGUUGUCGAGUUACCCUGUGGACAUGAGUUUGAUGAUGCAUGUAUCGCACACUGGUUCGAGACCGAUCACAUUUGUCCAUUGUGUCGUUUCGAGUUACCUCGCGAGCAUCAUUGA